CGACAAAGGACUAUUUUGAACUUAGGACUCUGGAGUGAAGUCUCAGGAAGUCUCAGAUAUUCUUGUUUUGCUGACUGAUCUCCUUGGAGCUUCAUCGACCCCAUCGGGACACCAUAGAGGUAGUGAGGGCAUCUCCACCCAGGCUGGCUGCGGGUACAGAGGGCAAGAGCCCCAGUGUCAGCAUACCUUAGGUUGCGUGGCUUCCAGGCAACCGCGAUUGCCUUUUCUCUCAAGAUACCUCCCGUCUAUUCCCCCCAAUUUAAGAGGAUGUUUCAAGUGACGUGAUCUCCGCGUAACGUAACAGACUUUUGCCGAAGGCGUCGACCAGAUUCAAAAGCUGGGGAAAUCCGGGAAGAACCAACAACAAACCAUCAACUUCCUGGUUGCGGUUUGGUGGCAAACAAUCUUCCUCGCAACUGAACCAACAAAUAUACUCGGCGACCACAACCAACACUCAUCUCCUCAAAGCAGCCCGCAAAAGUACUACAAACAACACCAUGGCUCUCCACCAGUUCGGCGUCUCGCUUGAGACAUACCUCAUGACCAACCCUACGCUCAAGGGCGUGAUUGUCAGUGCCGUGGUCCUCCACCAAGAUCACAUCCUCUUGAUUCAGCGCGCGGCAACAGAUGGCUUCCCCAACCUGUGGGAAACCCCCGGUGGCGGAGUUGACCUCGAGGACGAGACGCUCUCCCACGCCCUGGCACGUGAACUCGUCGAGGAGACCGGCCUUGUCCUCAACCAUGUCGUGGCACUGCUCGACCAACUCGAGUUCGAAGGAGCGUCAGGCGAAGGGCGAUAUCGGAAGCUCACCUUUCUUGUUUCUGUCGAGUCUACACAUAGAGGUAGUCCGCAGGAGCACCCGCAAGUUCGUCUUAACUCGACGGAGCACCAGGACUUCAUGUGGGUUUCAAAGGACCAUCUCCGCAUCGGGGUUUGCGGGGGGAGGGAGAUCAAGUUUGCUUAUCCUGGACAACUUGAAACUCUCUGUGCCGCCUUCGGAGCCGAUACAAAGACACCAACUGGGAUGGAAACACAAAGCGCAAUAAACGGGACAUGAGCGGCCGAGUACAUGGCCUAUAAGAUUAUGCCGUCCUCGGACAACACAAGCUUUGGCCAGAGCCCGGAGCCGCGAGCUAUCACCGAUCUGCGUCCAGACUAUUUCUACUUCCAAGAUCCGCGUUCCAGAUUUGCCGGUCCUGGUAUCGACAUGGGAAAUGCAAAUGCAGUAUCAGACCCCACUUCGAACCAGGCAGCAUACGUGGGAAUGUCUUAUGGUCGGUGGCAAUUUGAGGUGGAAACUUUGGUGCAUGUGAAAAUAUAACAGAACACUCUCCGCGUAUGAUUCUGCCAUUUCACAUUUUUUUUGACU